GUAAAUAUAAAUAUAAGGAGCAUACUGCAUAUGAACGGUGUGAUCAUCGUACUUUGCUUUGGUCGUUUCGAAGGAGAAUUCAUGCAGCCUAUGUUUCUGAAAUGGCCGCAUGUCGAUUGAUAAGGACAUUGAAGGAUUAUUUGCCGCAACAAAACGGUACCCUCAUGAUUGUUCAAAUAGUUUGCAAUCGGAAAGGUUCUUCAAAAACAUAUGGUUGUAAGAAUUCUUGUUCGAACACAAGUGCAGUUCGAGUUCAAGAAACUUCAAAUGAUGAUUCGAAAUAA